AUGCCCCCCAAGAAGGCCACCGGCGCGUCCAAGAAGGCCGCUGCCGCUCCUCACACCUCUUACCGCGAUAUGAUCAAGGAUGCCAUUGUGAACCUGAAAGAGCGCAAUGGUAGCAGCCGACAGGCGAUCAAGAAGUAUGUUCAAAGCAACAACAAGAUCACCUACGCGUCGCAGAGCGCAUUUGAUGCUCAGUUCAACAAGGCCAUCAAGGCCGGUGUUGACAAGAACGAGUUCACUCAGCCCAAGGGCCCCUCGGGACCCGUGAAGCUGGCUAAGAAGGAGGCUGCCCCCAAGCCUGCUGCUAAGCCCGCUGCUAAGGCCACCACCAAGGCUGCUGCUCCCAAGGCUGCCCCUAAGAAGGCCACUGCCACCAAGGCCGCCGCGAAGAAGGCCGCGCCUAAGAAGACUGCCACCAAGGCUGCUAAGCCCGCUGCCAAGAAGGCCACUGCUACCAAGAAGACUGCUGCUAAGCCCAAGGCCAACUCUGGCAAGGCCCGCAAGACCAAGGCUCCUACUGCCGCCCCUGCUAUCGUGGAGCAGCCCAAGGUCAUCAGCACGACCAAGUCUGGUCGUGUCACUAAGACCACGGCACCACCUGCCAAGCCAGCCGUGAAGAAGCGUACGACCAAGAAAUAA